AUGUCCUCACUUGUUUCGCUGAUCAUGGACAAGGUCUUGGAAGUUCCAGCGCAGGUGUUGGCUGAACUUCUCACACAGAAGGUUUCAUCCCGCACCACUGUAUGGAGGCCGGAUUUUGGCAACAAAUUGGGCGUUCGGUAUAGGGUUGACUUAGGGGCAGCCCCACGGGGGUCCCCUGGCUUGAUCAGACUCUGCGAGGUCAUUCCUCCAUGCCGGCCUCUUUUGAGAAGGCAGAGGGUUGGAAGAUUCCUUCAGCGGCCAGCUUGCCUGGGACCCUUAUCAAGAAGGCUGAGCUCGUCAUGCCAGCCUCUGCAGCCUGAGUUUUUCUGCUCCAAAGAAUUACUGGGGGGACGGAGACAUGGAGGGGACAUGGAGACACCUCGGCCAGCAUCUGGAUGGGCCUGA